AUGGGGUACAACCUCGGUAUCGUCAAUUUGCCGGCGAAAUAUAUCGAACAAUUUAUGGUGGAAAAGAUAUCAGUUCUGGACAAGGAGACAUUGUAUGCCCUGGUGAGCGUCAUAUUCAUAGUCGGAGCUGCAAUUGGAGCGUUCAGCUGCGGUAUUCUUGCUGACAAACUUGGAAGAAGGAACAGUCUCCUUAUGAACACUGUGCUGGGUCUACUGGGUGCGAUUCUCUCCGGUAUCUGCGUAAAUAUUAAAAAUGCUGUGAUUUUGCUGGUCGGACGUUUCAUUUCCGGCCUUAACGCUGGAGUAACAAUCGGUGUUGCCUCAAUGUACCUAAUCGAAAUUGCACCCACAAGCACUCGUGGUAUGAUUGGAGCGUGUCAUCAACUGGCCGUUACAGUCGGGAUUUGUCUUUCUUACGUCGCCACACUCGACUUUCUACUUAAUACGGAAGAGCGUUGGGGUUACGCUAUUUUAAUUGGCGCAGUUCCUUGUGUAGCUGGCCUUGUUCUCCUACCUCUGUGCCCUGAAAGCGCUCGUUACUUAUUUUUGAUUAAAAAGGAGGAGGAUCGGGCAAAGGAGGUGUAUAUGAAGGUAUCGGGUGAAGAGAACGCAAACGACUUCGUCAAGGAUAUGAAUGAUGAGAUAGCUGCUACAAAGUCGCAACCAGAGUUCAAAGUUUCCGAUCUCUUCACAAAACGGGAGUACAGAAAGGCCACUGCCAUCGCCAUCCUGAUUCAGGUGCUCCAGCAACUCUGUGGCAUCAAUGCUGUGAUUGCCAAUUCAUCAACGAUGUUGGUGACGGCCAAGGUACAAGAGGACCAGAUGCAGUAUUUUGUUGUGGGAUUGGGCAUUCUUAACGUGGUCUUUACUAUCGUUGCACUGCCACUGCUGGAGAGAGCGGGUCGUCGCACCCUUCUGCUAUGGCCUACACUGCUGCUUGGUUGUUGUCUGCUCACCCAAUCCAUCAUUGUCACUAUCGGACGCAGCAAGCCCGAGAAUGAGCAGGCACCCUUUGCUAUUGUAGCCGUCAGCAUGGUUUAUAUAUACCUAGCCUGCUUUGCCGUUGGUUUGGGUCCUAUUCCGGCCAUGAUCGUCGCGGAAAUCUUUCGUCAGGGGCCUCGAACCGCCGCCUACUCUGUCAGCCAAGGUGUUCAGUGGCUGUGCAACCUUAUGGUUCUUGCAACCUUUCCACCUCUCAAUAAAGCAAUGGCCGGUUUUGUCUACCUUCCCUUCCUUGUGGUUGUUGUGAUUUGUUGGUGCUUCUUUUUCUUUGUGAUGCCGGAGACGAAGAACAAGUCCUUCGAUGAGAUCGCCAAAAUACUCUCUGGUGAAAAUGGUGGUAAUAUGAACGCUAGUAACAGCAAUGUCAAUGCCAGCUCGAAUAUGGCAUCGAAGACCAUUGCUCAGGCAGAGGACGGAAAAACUCUGUAA